ACCAUGUCGAGGACCCACUUGUGCGUGCUGGGGGCCACGGGCUUCACCGGCAAAAGGGUUGCAUAUGAGCUGGCCUCGCAGAUCUCGACGCUACACGCCGAGAACAAAGGCUUUACGUGGUCGAUUGCCGGCCGUCGUGCCUCUGCGCUUGAAGAGGUGCUCGCACAGAUCAUGAAGAUUGUGGGCGCAGCCGACGGAAAGGACAGCGACAAUACCGAAAAGGGCCUGCUGCCUCGAAUCAUCUCUGGCGUCGACGUCACCGACGUGGGCUCGCUCGUCAAAAUGGCAAGCCAGACGACACUAGUGCUUAACUGUGUGGGUCCCUUUGCUGAGCUGGGCGAGAAUGUGGUCAAGGCCGUUCUGGACGCUUCCGAGGCGACUGGCCAGGUCACGCACUAUGCCGACGUGACGGGCGAGACCUACUUCAUCGAAAGGAUGGUCCGUCUGUACCGCGACCGUGCCGCGAAGCUGGGAUGUACGAUCAUUCACGCUGCAGGCGUCGACUCGAUCCCGACCGACAUUGGCGUGCUGUACGCCAAGAUGCAGCUCGGCGCCGAUGUUGUUCCCGCAGGAAUCGAGAUGGGCUUCACGCUUCAGAGCGAGGGACGGAUGACAUUCAACUUUGCUACUUAUGCCUCUGCUGUCGCUGGGUUCGCCAGUCGCAAAGAGCUAAGCGCCAACAGGAAGCAGCUUUUCUCGGCGCUCCCUCGAGCCACGCCCCUGGCAGUGGAAAAGGGCCUGUCGACGGGUGCCGUCAAACCAAAAAAGUCACUUGGCGGUCUCGUGCAGUACCACGACGGCUUCCAUUCUCAUGUCAUGCCCUUUUUCUUCACCGAUCCGGCCGUGGUGAGAAUGUCGCAGAGCCUGAUGCUCGAAGCCGAGGUCAAAGACUUCCAGCCUAUCUCGUUUGUCGGCUACUUUACCCUCCCGUCGCUCCUUGCCCAGCUCGUCGUCAUUGUCUUUCUCACCCUCUUUGCGGGCCUGUGCGACUUUGCCUUUGGCCGCGCUCUCCUGCUGCGCUACCCCUCCUUCUUCAGUGGCGGCCUCUUCAGCAAGCAGGGUCCCACCCAGGAACAGAUCGACCAGACGUCCUUUACUGUCACGCUGAUCGCUCGGGGCCACUCCAAGGCGCUUCUCGCCGGUGCGGCACCCGGAAGCAAGAUCGGGCCUGACGUCACUGCUACCAUCAAGGUCCGUGGUCCAGAGCCAGGCUAUGUGGCCACGCCCAUUGUCUUUGUGGCAGCUGCCCGGAGCAUUCUCAAAAAUGGCGAGGCGGUCAACAGGGGCGUCCUCACCCCGGCUGCCGCCCUGCACCGCACCGACAUCAUCAAAGUCCUCAACGAGGACGGCAGAGUGACGAUGAAAAAGGUGGCAUGA